CUUGUAACGCAUCUACAAAUGACAGGUUCGUUAGGACUAUUGGGAUUGCAUGACUAGAUUACUUAUAUUAUGAAAUGAGAUACCUGGAACCGCGCCGUAAAAUUUAGGGACUCAUCUGAAGAUGAAAUAAAUAUGAAGAUUUGAAACCUGCUUUUGUUUACUCACUCAAAUUAGCUUGUGGCGGUGAUUUGCGUGGCUAGUCCUUUGGUACUGAGCGAUGGCCGACUUUAACAAUCCUUUGCAAAAGUUCAAGCUGGUGUUUUUGGGAGAACAGAGUGUCGGGAAGACGUCCCUCAUAACUAGGUUUAUGUAUGAAACUUUUGACAAUCUGUAUCAGGCAACAAUUGGUAUUGACUUUUUAUCAAAAACUAUGUACCUUGAGGAUCGAACUAUUCGUCUGCAAUUAUGGGACACUGCGGGACAGGAACGUUUUCGAAGUUUGAUUCCCAGCUACAUACGUGACUCCUCAGCCGCAGUUGUUGUUUAUGACAUAUGCAACGCUGGAUCUUUCCAUCAGGCUUCAAAGUGGGUUGAUGACGUCAGAAACGAACGUGGCGGGGAUGUUAUUAUUAUCCUCGUUGGAAACAAAACAGAUCUAUCUGAUAAACGGUGGGUAAAAAUAUCCUGGAUCCUUAUGUUGCAGAAAAGUGACUACUGAAGAGGGCGAGCAUCUUGCUAAAAAACUAGAAGUCAUGUUUAUUGAAACGAGCGCGAAGGCUGGAUAUAAUGUCAAAGUUGUGAGUAGUGAAAUAAUACAAUUUUGGUUAAGUUUGCUUGAUUGUCAUAUGUAUAGGUAAUAUCUUAGUCUUCACUUUAAACUUCUGUUCCCCUUUAUCUAAAGAUGACUCAAUAUCUCAGCUGCUUUAAUCUGUAAAGUAAAUCUGAUUUCCGUCGAUUUCAAGUCUCAAAAUGUCUGAGCGUUUAUGGCGUUUUAUUUAGAGGAUUUAUUAUCUUGUUCUAGUAUUCGGGUUUUUAAAGACUUAUAAAGUGUGACGUAGUGAAUUUUUUUGCGCAGUCUUCCUCGUAAAUAGGUACAUCUAUCACCACUACACAAAAGUUUUCCAGAGAUAUUCACCCAGUUUGGUUUUCUAGGACUAGAUUUUACAAAUAUGAUUCCAAACGUCGUGAUCUAAUCUCGACUAACCAUACAGCUGGCACUGUCUCAUCCCAAACAAACACGCUUUUAGCUAGUGUAGAAAUAAAAUUUUCUGAUCACAUUUUCUUCAGCACUUAAGUAUAUGCUCUUGUUGUCAGACAUCGUGACGCUCUGUUUGCCGCGUUCUCUGUAAGCAGUUGUGGAAGCACCGCCUGUGCGAUUUAGUAACAUUCGUUUAUGCUGUUUUCAUAUAUUGAGACUGAAAAAACUAGCUGUAGAAUUAGGUUGUGCUCUAUACGAAAAAGUCGGUUCGUUAAGCGACAGACCUCCCCUGUAGGUACACUCACUCUCUUUCCUUGAACGCUAGACAUUUUCCCCCCAUGUAUUCUAAUGCCCACUGACAUUUCGUCUGAUUACUGCACUAUAUUAGGUUCCCAGUUAUUUCGGUGGUUUGUAUGUUUGCUGAACGUUUGAAAAUAUAUCGCAUAGUUCUGCUUUGGUCCACUUAACGAUACAUGUGGAUAUGAUACAAUUAACACUGCUCGUUCCCAGUUAUCACAAAAAUAUUGGUUUCAACCCAGAACAAAAUUAUGUUGACUAUAAUAUCACUCAAAGUUGUUUUCUAAAACGUGAUAAAGCUUAGUGGUGCUACAUAUCAUUUUUUGACUUAUGGAUUAUUGUGAAGCAGAAUUCGGUUAGGUUUAUUUUGAUAUAACUCAAAUGCUACUUUGCGGUGUACGUAAUUAGCAGAUAGACAAAUUCAUGAUAAGGCUUCAAAUUUUCGGUAUGGAUUACCAUAAAACUGUAUUUGCUGAACCGUUUUUGCGAGUGAGCUGUUAAUGUACAGUUGCUUCUUAUCCUAAUGUUUACUUAACUCAAAUUAAUUUAUAAUAAUAAACUUAUUGUACAAGUAAGUUAUGUUGUGCAUAAAUGAUAGAUACAUAUAAAGUGUUCAAGGAAACGUGAACUGUUUAGCAUCCUAAAAAUAUCAGAAAUUUGUAUGUGGUCUAUAUGAUUUAUGUCUCGAAUUACUCUUAUCUACUUCACCUUUGUUGUUUUUCAGUUGCAUCCAUCACCAGUUCUCUUCUUUCACUUAAGUAAAAUGUUAAUGAUUGAUUAUUAUUAUUUGAACACAAAUAUUAGUACAAAGGGGCACCAAAUACAUAUGCACCGCAUUUGAUCUGUAUUUGGGUUGUGGUACUACCCGGGUGCCCAAACCGAAGCAGGUGGUUUUCUUAGGGAGUCAUAUCCCGAGCCUUUAACCUAGAGGUCUAAUCCACAAGGCAGUGGAGCAACAUCAGGGGAUGGAGUCCCAUAGUAACCGGUAACCAAUAAUUGGUUCAUACGCCAUUUAUUUCCUUAGGGUCCUGGAGCCCAUGUGCACCAUUGGUUUGGAAUCAGGGUUUUCCGACUCCCCUAAGUGGACUUUCCAUGUCCACCAACCCGGUUAAUCCCCGGACAUUCAUGUUUCGUCCUCUCAAUUUCGUAAACGACACUCACCGUAAGUAGGCAGUGGGUGGGAUUUUCCUUGCAGUAGCUGUAUACGCAUGACCAUGUAAGUGCAUUUCAAGAGGGAGAUGACUCUCCCCACCCCCAACCAUACCAGGGCAUUUAAGGGCGCAUUUUAACCAAUUAGUCGAAGUUUAUCUUCAUUUCUAAACCGUGUUCCAGCUUUUUAUUAAUGGCUUGACGGUAAUGAUGUCAAAUAUCUGUGAUAAGCCAGUAAUUAUAUUUUCAUUUUGUAUAUUUUUUUUUUCAGCUGUUCCGUCGAAUCGCAACAGAAUUGGUUGAUCAAAAGAGUCCACUUUCUAGACAUGAUGACUGUAUCCUUUCCGAUCUUAUCUACACAGCCAUUGUUUUAUCUUUUAUUGUUCAUUUAGUCAGCACUACAAAGAAAUUUCGUAUUUAUUUUAGACACCUAAAGCAUGUAUGCUGGUUAGUUAUAUGGUGACUUAUUGAUUAAAACACUUGGCUGGUAGGUCUCAAGCUCCAAAACUCUCCCACCUACUUCAUUAGUUUGCUAAAUGUCUGGGGUCAUUGAACUAUUUUAUGUCUAUAAAACUUUCCUAAACUGAUUUAACGGUCUUGGUUAUUGUAAGUAUUCAGUACUGCUCUCUGGUCAAGGCCAAAACAAUUCGUUACCAUUAUUCAGUCCAUGACAGUAUCUUAUGAUUGAACGAGUUGUAAAAUGACUAACAGGUAUAAUAAUUAUGUAUCUGAUUUGGAACGAUAACUUAGAUCAUCCCAGACGUUUCAUAACCCUGAUAAACACUACGUGAUAAUAUUAGCUCUAGUGACAAUUUUCCAUAGGCUCUGACUCGACCAGUUUUAUUCAAAAUGAUUAGAAUAUAAAAAUGUUAAACUUACCAAUACUGCUUUUCUCCUUGAUUUGGAUAAUUUCCAUUUCGGAAAUCGGUGUUUGCGAAUUGUAUUUUUUGUGUCGUGUUUUUGUUUAAUAAAUCUAGUCAUCGAGGUUAAGUUACACGAUGCCUCUAAGGAUACUGAUUUUAACCAACGAGUUUGCUGGUGCUAAGUCACUUAAUUGUAAGCAUUUGUUUUUUAUAAACUUGUUUACACACCUUUUAGCACAUUUGCGCUACUAAUUCAAUGCACAUGUAGUUUUGGAUACAUUUCUCGGUGGUUUCACUUUUGAUUUUUCCUCUUAAUGAAUUUUCUGUUUUGAAAAUGAUAAUUUUGUGUAGUAGGUUGCUGUAUUGUCAAUUUUUUUGUGCUGAUGAUAUUUGAACUUUAUUCUGUGUGUGUGUAGUAGAAAAGAGAUGUAAUAAAUUUGCGUUUAUCAUUUUUAAUGUAAAGUUGGUGGUAACACACUAGCCCAAAUAUAGGUAAGUGAUUCUCACGCUUCAAAUUUUAACUUGUUGGAUUUAUUUUAAGCCUAAACAACACUUGGUCUUCUCAUCUACAAUGGUCGCUGAUUUUAAAUAGCAGCAAAUGUUUUAUACAUGAUAUGGUUACCUUGUUUUUGUAGUAGCAUAAUUUUUGACAGCAAGUUCUUCUCAUAUUAACAUUUAAGAAUCAACCGCCCAAAAUUAUUUGAUCAUUGGAUUGUAUUUUUCAUUUCUAACAUCUAUGGAUAUAUGCGUAUAUUUAGGCCUAUUCAUCCUUAACUUUAAUAACCCCAUAAUAUACACCAAUGAUAUACUGCAUUACCCAUUCUUCUCUCGUUUCAUUCAAAAAUUUGUAACUGGUUUUAUUUAUCAAACUUCCCUGCAGAUAUUGAACUGAAACCGAUCGAGCCUCCUCAAGAGAACCAGUGGAAAACCUGUGGUUGUUGAAUAUCAAGUCUAUUUGUUCAGAAAUUCCUUUGAAACUUGCAAAGACUUUCACACACUACAUACAUAUAAUAGCUAUUCUUGAACGAUCUUUAGUUGUUUUCGACAUUUCAUUUCUCUUCUUGAUUUACUUCGGCAAACUUGGUCUUAAUGUAUUUCCGUACCUAUAAAAAUGAUAUAUUUAUAUCUAUGUACAGCUUAUCUAUUUUCAUUUGGUGAAUUACUAUUUAACUACAGUUCGACUUGAAAUUUCUCUUGACGAAUCUGAGUUUGCUUUGCUAGAAAUCUUUAUUUCUGUUUGCCCUUUUUUAGGCCAUAAUUUAUACAACAAUCUGUGAUGCUUUCUUUAAUUACUAAAUAAUUAUAAGCACUUCAGCCUUGUAUUAAACAUUUUGGUGGUUUAUUUCGUAUUUUCCUGUUUAUAUUUGCUGUGAAAAACAUGGUUAAUUAUCAAUUUCACGUUCUUUCGUUGUGCUCACGUAACGUGUGAUUAUAUACCCGGUCUUUUAUUUGUUACAGAUAAGUUAAUAAAUCUUGAAAGCUUUUGUAAAGUUCUACGUGUAAACAAUUUAAUAAUAUUAAGUGUCCCCUUUGCUAUAAAUAUAAAAUACAGAGAAUUAUUUCGCCAUUG